AUGGAUCCAAAGAAGCCUCGUUUCCCAGGCCUCCCUGGUGCGACCCGCUUGCCUUGGCUGCAGCAGCAGGCAUGGGGGCGAGGACUGCGGUCAGAUGAGCCAGCAAUAGGACGAGCCAGAGGCCUGCUGUUUGCAGCAGAUGGGUCUGCUGGCUUAGGACGAGCCAGGGGUUUCACCACCCCUGGUGAUACACCGCUUAUGCAGUACGGGAGAGGAGUGCCCUUCCCAGUGAGCGAGCCCUCCAUUGGCUUUGCCAGGGGGAUACCCAUGCCUACAUCAGAAGAUGGUGGACUUAGCCGCGCUAGAGGGCGGCUUCUCUCGACAGCUGAGCCGACAGUAGGUGUGGCAAGAGGGGCACCCCUUCUUGCUUUGGGGCCUCACCCCGGACAAGCCCCUCCAGGUCAACCUGAAGAGAUGCCAAGUCUGCAGGCAGAAGAGGAAGUAGUAACCAAGCAGGUUUGUGUUGUGUUCCUUGGGGUUAGUAAAGUCUUUCUCCUAACUUCUACCAAGACCAGGGUUCAAGGUGGUUUCCAUUUAUGGGACUAUUCUAUUAGUUCCAUUGCACCAGGCAAGCUCAAUCAAGGGCAGAUGAAGUAUUAGAGAUUUUUUUUUUUUAAUACCAUUUGAGCUAAGUUUUUUUUUCUCUUAUAGCUCUUGUAACGAUAUUGUAAUUGGCAGGUGGACAUGCCCACCCAAGGCCAGGGGUCGUCGCUGGUGUCCAUGUUCAGAGGCUUGGGGAUCGAGCCCUCAAAGACCUGGGGCAGGGGAGCGCCGCCAGUGGGUGAGUAAUCUUGAGUUUAUGAAACACUAGAGCUGUGUUCGAAUACCCCAUACUAACAUACUGUAUACUACAUACUUAAUGAGUAUAUACUACAUACUAUAUACUAUUAGUUCAUUUUAGUAUACUGUAAACAAACGGUAUUGUUUCAGUUGAGCGUACGAGCGCUUCGCCUGUCUACCGGAAGUUGAUGCUGUUGAUAUGCAACCUCUUGCUAGCUUGUUAGCAUAACAAAUGACUAGCUAGACAUUUUACGAUUUCGGGUGUGUUCGUAAAUUCAAUCUGGAGUGUCAGAGUGCGCUCUGGGCGUUCGUAGAUCCAGAGCGUUGUCAGAUUGUCCGUUAGUAAAUUCAGAGCGUUCAGAGCGCACACUGGACGCUUUGGCGGAGGAGUAGGGUUGAUCCGAGUGUUCAACGGCAGUCAAGCACCCAAGCUAACGUUGGCUAGCUACUUCCAGACACAAAUGAGAGAACACCUCACUGACCAUUUUACUCGCCCUAGCAGAGCUGGUUAGGCUGUUUUCAUGUUUUCCAGAGUGUUGGUGACUGUAACUGUUGUUAAGUUGCGUCAAUUCAAAUCUGGUAUUGGAACAAAAGAGGUCAACACGUCUUCUAAAAUAGACUAGUAUUUUAAUUAAUGCAAAACACUUCAAUGGUAAAUAUGAUGUUCGUAUAUACGGGUCCACUGAAAUACCACGCAGGGCAGACAGAGAACUGGUCCAUUUGUUAUAAGUUCUUCUUUAAAUACUCUUGACAGAGAUAUUUCCCGCUCCCUGCUGGCCUAUCAGAGUAGAGACUGAGCGUGUUUUAGACUUACUCAGCCUAUCGUUGGCGCACAGGCUGGUCCCAGCCCCUUGGCGCUUCACUGUUGCCAGGCAUUAAUUGUUAUCUCCACAACUUGUCCCGAGUCAGCAACCUCAGACAUCUUUGUAGCAGAACACAUGUCCUUGAGCGGUCUAACAAAGAGGCAGUGUGUGUAUGUGAGACACAAGUCUGUCUCGGCCUACCCCCUAAUAGUUCCUCACAAAAAUCACAGCUUGCUAUGUUGACCAAUCUAUAUCAGUACAGCACAAACCUAUUAUGUUUAAUCAUUAAUGUAUUCUUUCUAAGCUAGGCAUCACAUCUAGUUAUAAGAAAAUAGAUCCCCACACUGUGCUGCUGGCAACAAUUUAAUUAUGCUUUUUUUGGCCGACAUUUACUGACACCGGCAAUAUUCAACGGGUGUUGAGCGUUCGUAAAUUCAUCAGUUAUUCUGUGCUCUGGCACACUCAGACGAGCGUGCUAUGAAAUUGGAGUAGAUAGCCAGAAUUAACAAUGUCCAUUGAAACACACAACGACUAUACCACUUAGCUAAGAAUGUGAAUAAUCAAGUCAAUAAACGUUGGGUAGUUAGUUAGAUAGCAGAUAGUUAAUAUACUGUCUGGCAAGUUCGAUGUAUUAGUAGCCAACUAACGUUAGGUAACUAGGUAACUAGCUAACAUACUGCUGUAAUGCAAUGCAGUUUGUAAGGACAGCGUAGCUAACAAAUUGUCAGCCAACGUAAUGUAACUUAGUUGAAAAGUCAUUACUUUAUUACAUUGCUCAACAUUUUCUUAACAUUUGUCAUAAUUAGUUAAAGCAAUGAAUUUGUAUCUGCUCCAGUCAGACUUCGGCUGCAUAUUUUCCGCCAGUUUCUUCAAAUCUGAAAAUGUUAUGAAGCCACGCCCAUUUUCUGAAGUAUUGCAUUAUGGGCCCUAAAAGCACAGAAAUAGGGUCCACUGCUUGUAUACUUCAUAUUUUGGCAAAUUUAGUACGACAUCCGGGAACUUUUGGCAUACUAUAUCCAUACUAUGACCAAUAAGCAUACUAUAUACUCAAUUCACGUCACAAAUAGUACAGUUAGUGCAGUUAGUAUGAGUAUUCGAACACAGCUCAGGUUUGUAUUCCAAAUGGCACCCCAUUCCCUAUGUAGUGCACUACUUUUGACCAGGGCCCAUAGUAUGGGGGCAGAUCAAAAGUAGUGCACUACGUAGGGAAUAGGUUGCCAUUUGGGACACGGCCUAGAGAUUAAGGCAUACUGGAUCAAACUAACUGGGAAGAUAUCAAGUUUUACCCUCAAGCUCAAAUGGCAUGGGUUAAGAGUAAUGGUUAGCCUUUACAUUUAAUAAAGUAGAAGAUUGGAAAUCAAUCAUAUUGAUGCACUCUGAUUAGGGCUGGGCAAUAUGGCCUAAAAAUCAUAUCGCACAUUUUUUUUUCAAACUUAUGGGCGAUUCACGAGAGAGAGUUUUAAAAAUGUUUUCUCUAAAUAAGCGUUGUUGCACAAUUAAAGGUCAAAUACACUGCCUUUUAAACAGUCAGCAAUAAUCUGAAUUCAGGAAAAAUACAUUAUAUAUACAAAAGUAUGUGGACACCCCUUCAAAUUGGUGGAUUUGGCUAUUUCAGCCACACUUGUUGCUGACAGGCGUAUACAAUCGAGCACACAGCCGUAUAAUCUCCAUAGAAAAAUAUUGGCAGUAGAAUGGCCUUACUGAAGAGCUCAGUGACUUUCAACGUGGCACCGUCAUAGGAUUCCACCUUUCCAACAAGUCAGUUUGUCACAUUUAUAUAUAUACACCUGUUCUGUAACAUGCUGUCUAGAACGGGCACGCACACAUGUUGAUUUUUUCCAUCCACACCAGACGCGGUCAGGACACGCAGGUUGACAUAUCCAAACGAACUCUGAACCAACAAUAUUAAUUUGGGGACAGGUCGAAACGCAUGAAACAUUCAUGGCCAUUUAGCUAGCUAGCUUGCUGUUGCUAGCUAAUUUGUCCUGGGAUAUAAACAUUGGGUUGUUAUUUUACCUGAAAUGCACAAGGUCCUCUACUCUGACAAUUAAUCCACAGAUAAAAGGGUAAACCCAGGUAGUUUCUAAUAAUCUCUCCUCUUUCAGUCUUCUUCUUUGGACUUUAUAUGGCUGUUGGCAACCAACUUUAAGGCGCAUUAACACAACCAACUGGACUGGAGUGUGGACCUCAGUUCAUCUUUCAAUCACCCACGUGGGUAUAUGCUCCUAAAAACCAAUGAGGAGAUGGGAGAGGUGGAACUUGCAGCGUGUCAAGCGUCAAAAAUAGAACCAAGUUCUAUUUUAGCGCCUGGCUACGCAGACGCUCGUUGGGGCCCGCGAGCAGUUUGGAUGAAAUGAUUGAAUAAGAUGUAUGUGUACAUUUAUUUUGGUCAGCAUGUAAGUGCUGUUAUUGUGAAGUGGAAACGUCUAGGAGCAACAAUGGCUCAGCCGUCAAGUGGUAGGCCACACAAGCUCACAGAACGGGACCGCUGAGUGCUGAAGCACGUAAAAAUCGUCUGUCCUCGGUUGCAACAUUCACUACCGAUUUCCAAACUGUUUCUGGAAGCAACGUCAGCACAAUAACUGUUUGUCGGGAGCUUCAUGAAAUGGGUUUCCAUGGCUGAGCAGCCGCACACAAGCCUAAGAUCAACAUGCGUAAUGCAUGAGUGGUGUAAAGCUCGCCGUCAUUGGACUCUGGAGCAGUGGAAACGCGUUCUCUGGAGUGAUGAAUCAUACUUCACCAUCUGGCAGUCUGACGGACAAAUCAGAGUUUGGCGGAUGCCAGGAGAACGCUACCUGCCCGAAUGCAUAGUGCCAACUGUAAAGUUUGGUGGAGGAGGAAUAAUAGUCUGGGGCUGUUUUUCAUGAUUCGGGCUAGGCCCCUUAGUUCCACUGAAGGGAAAUCUUAACGCUACAGCAUACAAUGAAUACUUUUUGGGAUUAAUUACAAUGCCGACUGCGAGCUAGGCCUAAUCGCCCAACAUCAGUGCCCAACCUCACUAAUGCGCUUGUGGCUGAAUGGAAGCAAGUCCCCGCAGCAAUGUUCCAACAUCUAGUGGAAAGCCUUCCCAGUAGAGUGGAGGCUGUUAUAGCAGCAAAGGGGGGACCAACUCCAUAAUGAUGCCCAUGAUUUUGCGUUUCUAUUGGCUUAUUUUGGACCCUGCCUGCCUUCCCGCCUUAAGGACAACCACUCCCAUUGUUAGGGUGGCGACAUGUGCAUCUCAUCAUUAUCUACAGAUCUCUGGUGUAAAUGGGAAGGUGCACACAGCACAGGAGACAAGACCAAAAAGACAACAUGAGAACAAGAGGACAUAAACACUAAUAAAAUAGGAAUUAGGAAUAAUGCGCAAAAACAUAAACUCUGAUGCACUAAAGUUAAACCAUUUUUGGUACGCAAUAAAUAGAUUUGCCUUAUCCAACAUACAGUGCCUUGCAAAAGUAUUCAUCCCCCUUGGCGUUUUUCCUAUUUUGUUGCAUUACAACCUGUAAUUUAAAUGGAUUUUUAUUUAAUGUAAUGGACAUAAACAAAAUAGUCCAAAUUGGUGAAGUGAAAUGAAAAAAUUCAAAAAAAUUAAUAACGAAAAAGUGGUGCGUACAUAUGUAUUCACCCCCUUUGCUAUGAAACUCCUAAAUAAGAUCUGGUGCAACCAAUUACCUUCAGAAGUCACAUAAUUAGUUUUAAAAAGUCCACCUGUGUGCAAUCUAAGUGUCACAUGAUCUGUCACAUGAUCUCAGUAUAUAUACACCUGUUCUGAAAGGCCCCAGAGUCUGCAACACCACUAAGCAAGGGGCACCACCAAGCAAGCGGCACCAUGAAGACCAAGGAGCUCUCCAAACAGGUCAGGGACAAAGUUGUGGAGAAGUACAGAUCGGGGUUGGGUUAUAAAAAAAUAUCAAAAACUUUGAACAUCCCACGGAGAUCCAUUAUUAAAAAAUUGAAAGAAUAUGGCACCACAACAAACCUGCCAAGAGAGGGCCGCCCACCAAAACUCACGGACCAGGCAAGGAGGGCAUUAAUCAGAGAGGCAACAAAGAGACCAAAGAUAACCCUGAAGGAGCUGCAAAGGACCACUUUCAGCCGUAUACUCCACAGAGCUGGGCUUUACGGAAGAGUGGCCAGAAAAAAGCCAUUGCUUAAAGAAAUAAAUAAGCAAACACGUUUGGUGUUUGCCAAAAGGCAUGUGGGAGACUCCACAAACAUAUGGAAGAAGGUACUCUGGUCAGAUGAGACUAAAAUUGAGCUUUUUGGCCAUCAAGGAAAACGCUAUGUUUGGCGCAAACCCAACACCUCUCAUCACCCCGAGAACACCAUCCCCACAGUGAAGCAUGGUGGUGGCAGCGUCAUGCUGUGGGGAUGUUUUUUAUCGUCAGGGACUGGGAAACUGGUCAGAAUUGAAGGAAUGAUGGAUGGCGCUAAAUACAGGGAAAUUCUUGAGGGAAACAGAGAUUUGAGACUGGGACGGAGGUUCACCUUCCAGCAGGACAAUGACCCUAAGCAUACUGCUAAAGCAACACUCGAGUGGUUUAAGGGGAAACAUUUAAAUGUCUUGGAAUGGCCUAGUCAAAGCCCAGACCUCAAUCCAGUUGAGAGUCUGUGGUAUGACUUAAAGAUUGCUGUACAGCAGCGGAACUCAUCCAAAUUGAAGGAGCUGGAGCACUUUUGCCUUGAAGAAUGGGCAAAAAUCCCAGUUGCUAGAUGUGCCAAGCUUAUAGAGACAUACCCCAAGAGACUUGCAGCUGUAAUUGCUGCAAAAGGUGGCUCUACAAAGUAUUGACUUUGGGGGGGGUGAAUAGUUAUGCACGCUCAAGUUCUCUGUUUUUUUGUCUUAUUUCUUGUUUGUUUCACAAGAAAAAAUAUUUUGCAUCUUCAAAGUGGUAGGCAUGUUGUGUAAAUUAAACCCCCCAAAAAUCCAUUUUAAUUCCAGGUUGUAAGGCAACAAAAUAGGAAACAUGCCACGGGGGGGGGGGGAAUAGUUUCGCAAGCCCCUGUAGCCUCUAAGUUCUAGGCACUCCGUGACCGAAUCAAAUAGUAAUUUUAGCUUUAAAAUAUUUAGUGAGCUUGCUUGAUUUCCUUAAGCUCCAACUGAGUCCUCAGGAUGGAGGAGAUUGAUGAAUCCAUUAAAUCCCCUGGUGUGUUUUUCACUGGUGUUUGGUGCAGGGAGGGGUGCUUUUGGAGCAGAGCUCAAACCACAGACAGCCCCUGUUGGAGCGGUGGCAAUCGCCGGCCCGGGUGGAGAUGGAUUCCCUGAGGACAUGAUGGGCCAAGGUAGCAGGUGAGGAGGUGAUGAGUUCAAACCCUGCGGCUUAACCUGUGGCUAAAGCAGGCCAAUUCCUCCAUGUUACUAAGGUCCUUAGGGACCUGGCAGUAAUGCUUCUAGAAUGCGUUGUUCAUGCUGUGCACAUACACAGGUACCUCUCGCAUAUCUCCAUUCUCCUCAUUUAUAUGCCCAUCUCAUUUCAAAUUAUUAUUGAAUUAUCCAUUGUUAAUGUGGAGGUAAUCAGACUUUUUGGUGUGCAUGUGACUGUCAUUGUCACAGUUCGUUCAUGAUAAUUCAAAGACAACUAGGCCAGAUAAUAAAAAUAUAUACUUUUUUCUUUCGAAAAAUGGAUAAGCAGUAAGAUUGAUUCGAUAACAGAACUUAUUAUUAAUGUUGAAUAGCAAAUUGCCUUUUUUUUCUCUACAUAUUAUUUAACACACACUUAUAGUUGGGAAUUACGUGUUUUUUUUUUUUUACUAAGAACUUGUAAUGUGUCUGUCUCUGUCUGCAGCUUCCUUGGCCGAGGUGUACCAUCUCAGAUGGAAGGAAUGGGGCAAGCAUCGAUGCCCCUCUUGGGUACUGGAAGGGGGCCCACUGUGCCCCCUGCUCUCCCUCCUUGCCCUAUCCCUUCCCAUCCUGUCUCCCCCGAUGCCCCUCUUCCCCCUCCAGCCCCACCCAACGAGGCCCACAUGACUCCAGGUAGCUCUCCAACCAAGGGAAAAAUUAAGAUGGAGGCCACCUGGUAAGUACCAUCCAAGUACCAUUAUUUGUGAAACCAUGUUAUGAAACCGUCUAUUAUUAUGAAGUAAAUGAUGUUGCUUUAAAUGUUACUGUUGUUGAAGGCAGUCAAAUGAGGCAGAAAUUAAUUUAUGUCAAUUAUGAAUUGUGUUUUAUGACUAACUAUUGUUAGGCCUAGUCAUUGAAAGGUUAUUUCCUCUCCCUUUGCAGUGAAACAUUGCACAAGACUGGUACCAAAGGAACACCAUUGGCCAUAGGCUCGAACCACAUCACCAUUCGCUGCAGGAACGAGGCAGUCUAUCAGUACCAUGUCACUUUCAUGUAGGUACAUGUAUUAGGAAAAAAGUGUUACAUUCAUAUUUUACGCAGCAUUCCUGGGUAAAAUAUCUACUCUGGAAAUAUAAUUUGGUCUGUUGAAGAGGAGUAACUUAUUACAUUUUGUCCCACUUUUCAGUCCCAACGUGGAGUCGAUGGGUAUGCGAUUUGGCAUGAUGAAGGACCAUCGCCCCACCACUGGGGAGGUUGUUGCGUUUGACGGCUCAAUUCUCUACCUCCCUGUGAAAAUGGAAGAGGUAGGUCACUUUUCUCUGAUGUCUGUGACUGUAGAUGUGUAUUAGUUAUGUGCAAAUAAUUGGCUUAUACUUAUAAAUACACAAUAUGGGAAUAGCUGCUUACAGAAUUGAUGAGUGUAGAGUUAUAGUAACUGUGUAUUUUCACUCAACUAGACCCAACGUUAACGCUCAAUACCGAUGUGGCACAUAGUGCAGCUACACUCCUGUCUUUAGCCAUCUUCUCCUCUGUGCCCCCUGUUGUGGUCUAAUCUUUCCUCCAUACAGGUGGUUCACCUGAAGAGUGAGAGACGAACUGACAACCAGGAGGUUGACAUCAAGGUCCAGAUGACUAAGAUCCUGCCACCCAACUCUGACCUGUGCAUCCCCUUCUACAACGUGGUGCUGAGAAGGUAACAGAGCCGUCCGUAUUCAUUAGGGCAAAACUUAGCCAUCAUUAGGGCACACCGUAGCAAAAUAUUUUACAAUGGAAAACAAUGUUUCUUAUUGGACAAGUUCAGGUAGUCCCUCCCUGUUUCAGUCUGGUGGCUUCCAUUUUCAAUCUAAUAAAUACACCCUGGUGCUGCAAUAUGAACCGCUAAUUGUCUACCACUAAUUGACCUCUUCACUUUAAAUUAGGAGAAAUUGGGGGUGUUUUUCAACAAAAGGCCUGUGGUCUACCUAUGAGGGAAGUUCUCUGUGGGAAGCUGGCCUUAGUGCAGCCAUAUUGUCAGUCAGUAGCUAAUCUCUUCUCAUCUAUUGUGCUUGCUUGAUGGCUUCAUGUAAAAACAUGCUUUGAUGGGCUUCAGUUGUUUUACACACAAAACUAGACUUCUUUUAAAACAUUCAAUUUCCCUCUAAAUCCUGAAGCUUUUUCACUGAAGUAGCGAAUUAUACACUGAACAAAAACAUAAACGCAACAUGUAAAGCUGAUUAAACAGCAUGAUCAUUACACAGGUGCACCUUGUGCUGGAGACAAAGGCCACUCUAAAAUGUGCAGUUUUUAUCACAACACAAUGCCGCAGAUGUCUCAAGUUUUGAGGGAGCGUGCAAUUGGCAUGCUGACUGCAGGAAUGUCCACCAGAGCUGUUGCCAGAGAAUGUAAUGUUCAUUUCUCUACCAGAAGCUGCCUCCAACAUCGUUUUAGAGAAUUUGGCAGUACGUCCAACCGGCCUCACAACCGCAGACCACUUGUAAUGCGUUGUGUGGGCGAGUGGUUUGCUGAUGCCAAUGUUGUGAACAGAUUGCUCCAUGGUGGCAGUGGGGUUAUGGUAUGGGUAGGCAUAAGCGAACACCAUUGCAUUUUAUUGAUGGCAAUUUGAAUGCACAGAGAUACCGUGACAAAGUCCUGAGGCCCAUUGUCGUGCCAUUCAUCUCCCGCCAUCACCUCAUGUUUCAGCAUGAUAAUGCACGGCCCCGUGUCGCAAGGAUCUGUACACAAUUCUUGGAAGCUGGAAAUGUCCCAGUUCUUCCAUGGCCUGCAUACUCACCAGACAUGUCACCCAUUGAGCAUGUUUGUGAUGCUCUGGAUCGACGUGUACAACAGCGUGUUCCAGUUCCUGCCAAUAUCCAGCAACUUCACACAGCAAUUGAAAAGGAGUGGGACAACAUUCCACAGGCCACAAUCAACAGCCUGAUCAAUUGUGUUGCGCUGCAUGAGGCAAAUGGUGGUCACACCAGAUACUGACUGGUUUUCUGAUUCACGGCCCUACCUUUUUUUUAAGGUACACUACAUAGCCAAAGGUAUGUGGACACCUGCUCGUCGAACGUCUCAUUCCAAAAUCAUGGGCAUUAAUAUGGAGCUGGUCCCCCCCCUUUGCUGCUAUAACAGCCUCCACUCUUCUGGGAAGGCUUUCCACUAGAUGUUGGAACAUAGGGACUUGUUUCGAGUCAGCCACAAGCAUUCGUGAGGUCGGCACUGAUGUUGGGCAAUUAGGCCUGGCUAGCAGUCGGCGUUCAUCCCAAAGGUGUUCGAUAAGGUAGAGGUCAGGGCUCUGUGCAGGCCAGUCAAGUUCUUUCACACCGAUCUCGACAAACCAUUUCUGUAUGGACCUCGCUUUGUGCACGGGAGCAUUGUCAUGCUGAAACAGGAAAGGGCCUUCCCCAAACUGUUGCCACAAGGUUGGAACCACAGAAUUGUCUAGAAUGUUUGUAUGCUGUAGCGUUAAGAUUUCCCUUCACUGUAACUAAGGGGACUAGCCCGAACCAUGAAAAACAGUCCCAGACCAUUAUUCCUCCACCAAACUUUACAGUUGACACUACGCAUUCGGGCAGGUAGCAUUCUCCUGGCAUCCGCCAAACCCAGAUUCGUCCGUCGAACUGCCAGAUGGUGAAGCGUGAUUCAUCACUCCAGAGAACGCGUUUCCACUGCUCCAGAGUCCAAUGGCUGCGAGCUUUACACCACUCCAGCCGACGCUUGGCAUUGCGCACGGUGAUAUUAGGCUUGUGUGCGGCUGCUCGGCCAUGGAAACCCAUUUCAUGAAGCUCCCGACGGAACAGUUCUUGUGCUGACGUUGCUUCCAGAGGCAGUUUGGAACUCGGUAGUGAGUGUUGCAACCGAGGACAGAUGUUUUUUACGCGCUUCAGCACUCUGCGGUCCUGUUCUCUGAGCUUGUGUGGCCUACCACUUCUCGGCUGAGCCGUUGUUGCUCCUAGAUGUUUACUCUUCACAAUAACAGCACUUACAGUUGACCGGGGCAGCUCUAGCAGGGCUGAAAUUUGACGAACUGACUUGUUGGAAAGGUGGCAUCCUAUGACGGUGCCACGUUGAAAGUCAGUGAGCUCCUCAGUAAGGCCAUUCUACUGCCAAUUGUUGUCUAUGGAGAUUGCAUGGCUAUGUGCUCGAUUUUAUGCACCUGCCAGCAACGGGUGUGGCUGAAAUAGCCGAAUCCACUAAUAUGAAGGGGUGUCCACAUCCUUUUGGCCAUGCAGUGUAUAUGUGAUCAAAAUAUGCAUAUCUCUUUAUUCCCAGUCAUGUGAAAUCCAUAGAAUAGGGCCUAAUUUAUUUAUUUCAAUUGACUGACUACCUUAUAUGAACUGUAAGUCACUAAAAUCUUUGCAUGUUGCGUUUUAUAUUUUUGUUUAGUAUACAAAUAUGUAACCCCCCCCCCCCCCAAAAAAAAAAAGACGUCUUGCUGGCUACACCAAACGUGAACUUUGUCUGGUGCAAUGAGACAUUAAUGUUCUCCCCCUGUGUGUUGUCAAGGGUAAUGAAGAUCCUGGGACUGAAGCUUGUGGGGCGGAAUCAUUACGAUCCAAAAAGCGCAGUCAUACUUGGGAAACAUCGGUAAGUAAUUAGAUUUGCCCUCAGAUCGAGAAAUUAUACUCCAACUGAAAUCUCAAUGAUAAUAGCAGCUGACUCAAGCCGCUUGGUUUCUGUCUUCUGUUAACCUAGGCUGCAGGUGUGGCCAGGUUACUCGACGUGCAUAAAGCACACUGACGGAGGCCUGUACCUCCAGGUGGAUGUGUCCCACAAAGUGCUGCGAAAUGACUCUGUCCUCGACUGCAUGUGAGAUCAUUUCAGUGCACCUUACAACACUUAGAACCAUGGUUACAUUACAUCACUGACUAACUUGUGUGAUACUCUAAAAUAUGCAUGAUAAAUCUCUUCUCUUGCCAGCUAUUUGUUCACAUGGUGUGUAUGUCCACAUGAUGCACUGUCUGCAGUACGUAAUGAGUUCAUAAACAUUUAAACAGGCCAUAUUUUUACCCCUGGUCAUAGACCUAUUUACAAAUAGCAUAUUCAUUGAUACACCAUGUAUAUUUCAACACACAUCAAUAAGCUUGAAUCUGCCUGCUCAUAGAGAUUUGGACACAGUAUGUCUCAACCACUUUAAAACUACCUCAGGGAUUUGAGACUGAGGGGUUAUGUCUAGGCUAGGGCACUAAAGGGUCACAUGCAAGGAAGAAAUGGGUUUACAUUUUAGUCAUUUAGUAGACGCUCUUUUCCAGAGCGACUUAGUUAGUGCAUUCAUCUUAAGAUAGCUAGGUGAGACAACCACAUAUUAUAGUAAGUACAUUUUUCCUCAAAGUAGUUAUCAGCAAAGUCAGUGCUAGUAUAAAAAGACAAGUGCGAGUGUUAUUCCCUUGUUUUUUGUCUUUUGUUGUUUUUUUUACUUGGAGGUUAUAAAUGGGCUGACAUGCAGGCCAUAAAUGGGGUGAUUUUCAGUCCAAAUUGGGGUGAUUUGCAGGGCCCUGAUUGGUGACCUUUGACUUUUUGACCCCUCUGCCUUCCAGGAACGUGAUCUACCAGCAAAGCAGGGAGAGCUUCCAGGAUGAGUGCACCAAAGAGCUGAUCGGCAGCAUUGUCAUCACCCGAUACAACAACCGCACCUACCGCAUCGACGACAUUGAGUGGGGCAAGUCCCCCAAAGACACCUUCACCAUGGCCAAUGGCUCCACGACCACUUUCGUUGAGUACUACAGGUAAGGCUGUGUGGCAUCCAUUAUGCAGAGUUCUACUAGCGUUAGCGCAAUAGCAUGCUAGCUGUUCCCAUAGACUUCCAGUCAUUGAGCCAACAACUAUCCAUUUAAAAGCGCCUCUGCAGAAAUAUGUAUAUAUAAAGAAAAUUACAUAUUUUUUUGUAGUGGUGGCAACAAUUUAGCAGCUGUGUGAAUAUAGGGGAAACACUUGUGUGUAUUUUUUUUCCUGUAAUCUGAACAGCAAAAACUACGGCAUCACCAUAAAAGAGAUGGACCAACCAAUGCUUAUCCAUCGACCCAAAGAGAGGUCCAAGCCUGGGGGAAAGGUAAAACUAUUUCUAAGGAUAUCAUGAAAUGUAGCUUUAUCUUGACAUAGUUAACUUUUUGUACUUAUUUAUUCCAUAUUCAUCUCAAAAUAGGAUGUUGUCUUUCCUCACACACCCAACUACCCUGAAACAAAAUACUUGUCUGUAUCCUUGGAACAGAAUGACACCUUGUGGCUUGAGUCAGUAUUGAGAUUAAUUUCAACAUCUGUUCUACUAUCACACAUGCUUUAUAAGAUAGUCCUUUGAGUUUUUAUUGAGUUGGAUACAUUUUCGCCAUAAAGAUACAAUAUACAUUAUAUUUAAUUGUAUGUUUUUGUCUUACAGCAAGUCAUAACUGGCGAGAUCCUGCUUCUGCCUGAGCUCUCCUUCAUGACUGGAAUCCCUGACAAAAUGAGAAAGGACUUCCGCGCCAUGAAGGUAAAAUCAUUGUGUCGGCAAUGCAUUCUCCUCCCUGGGGAGUGUUCUAUGACAUCCACAGUACAUGAAGGCAACACAGUUGUUUUGAUAAGGCAGCAUUUGAUAACAAUAGUAACCAGCCAAUUUGUUUUAUUUCAAAGAAAUGAAAUCAAUUGAAUAGGGGGGGGGGGGGGGGGGGCAAAUACUAUAUGUACCCAGACACGUCACAUAGUAACUGGGGGGGAAAGUCAUAGAGUAAAUCUAUUUCUAUGGGUAUAGUACUGUAUAGAAUCUGAAAGUGCCGGUUUUACCAUCCCAGGACCUGACGAUGCACAUCAAUGUAAGUAGUGAGCAGCACACUCACUCCCUGAAGCAGCUCCUGAAGAACAUCAACACCAACCCAGAGGCCCAGACGGAGCUGGCACGCUGGGGCCUGGAGAUCAGCCAAGACAUCCUGGUGGUGAGCAUACACUGCACAAUCAAACAGUACAUUUCAUUUAUCUCAGUGACAAAUUAGAUGUAUAGCUAAAGUCGCACAUAGAAAGACAAAAUUAACAUUUAUUUAUCUGGUGGUGAGUAGGGUGGGGCUAUAUCCAGAUUUUCAUACCUUCAUACCGUUCCUGUACCAUACCGGGGUAUUCGGUAUUACCGGCAAUGUACACAAGGGGUGCUAUUUCUUUACAAAAAAAUAAGAAAAACAGCACAAAUAAAAUUAAGUCAUCAGGGAUCUUGAUCCAGGAGGGGAUUAGUUGUCUCUGCUGUAACCAAGAAGCUUGAUCUGGCAUCUAGCAAGUUAGCAAACCAAAUGCAUAGCUGGAGCCCUGAGCUGGAGAUAAUUUAUUUGGCGCUAUUUCAAAAUACCCCAGUAUACGGUAUAUAUGGUAUACUGCCAAAGCCAUAGUGGUGAUUAGGGUGACCACAUGCCCCGGAUUAUGCGGGACAGUCCCACAUUUUGGCCCUUUGUCCGGCUACCAAACAAUCAUGUCCCGUAUUUUAUCAACAAAUUCAAUAACAACAAAUUUAGAAAAAAAUGUUAAUUUGUCCCGUAUUUCAGUCAGACAUUCCGACCUGACUCUUGCAGUCAUGUUGCGCUUAUGAAAACAUGCACUAUAUAUACAAAAGUAUGUGGACACCCCUUCAAAUUUGUGAUUUCGGCUAUUUCAGCUACACCCAUUGCUUACAGGUGUAUAAAAUUGAGCACACAGCCGUGCAAUCUCCAAACAUUGGCAGUAGAAUGGCUUACUGAAGAGCUGUGACUUUCAACGUGGCACCGUCAUAGGAUGCCACCUUUCCAACAAGUCAGUUCGUCAAAUUUCUGCACUACUAGAGCUGCCCCGGUCAACUGUAAGUGCUGUUAUUGUGAGGUGGAAACAUCUAGUAGCAACAACUGCUCAGCCGCAAGUGGUAGGCCACACAAGCUCACAGAACGGGACCGCCGAGUGCUGAAGUUGCGACACUCACUACCGAGUUCCAAACUGCCUCUGGAAGCAACGUCAGCACAAUAACUGUUAGUCGGGAGCUUCAUGAAAUAGGUUUCCAUGGCCGAGCAGCCGCACACAAGCCUAACAUGCUGAUCACACUGCCCGCCUCGAGUGCGAGAGCGUUGCAAAAUAAAUGUACACAUACAUGUUAUUCAAUCAUUGCACCCACACUGCUCGCGCGUGUCAACGAGCGUCUGCGUAGCCAGGCGCUAAAAUAGAACUUGGUUCUAUUUGUGACACUUGACGUGCUGCAAGUCCCACCUCUCCCAUCUCCUCAUUGGUUUUUAGGAGCAUAUACCCACGUGGGUGAUUAAAAGAUGAAUUGAGGUCCACACUCCAGUCGGUGGUGGUAAUGCACCUUAAAGUUGGUUGCCAACCACCAUAUGAAGUCAGAAGAAGAAGCCUGAAGGAGGAGAGAUUACUAGAAACAAACUCUGUUUACCCUUUUAUCUGUGGAUUAAUUGUCGGAGUAGAGGAUCUUGUACAUUUCAGGUAAAAUAACAACCCAAUGUUUAUAUCCCAGGACAAAUUAGCUAGCAACAUCAAGCUAGCUAGCUAAAUUGCCAUAAAUGUUUAAUGCUUUUCAACCUGUCCCCAAAUUAAUAUAGUUGGUUCAGAGUUCGUUUUGAUAUUUCAACCUGCAUGUCCUGAUUUGCGUCUGGUGUGGAUGGACAAACUCAACAUGCACGCGAACGGUGUGGUCAGCAUGUAAGAUCACCAUGCGCAAUGCCAAGCAUCGGCUGGAAUGGCGUAAAGCUCGCCACCAUUGGACUCUGGAGCAGUGGAAAAGCGUUCUCUGGAGUGAUGAAUCAAGCUUCACUAUCUGGCAGUCCAACGGACGAAUCUGGGUUUGACGAAUACCUGCCCGAAUGCGUAGUGCCAACUGUAAAGUUUGGUGGAGGAGCAAUAAUGGUCUGGGGCUGUUUUUCAUGGAUCGGGCUAGGCCCCUUAGUUCCAGUGAAGGGAAAUCUUAACACUACAGCAUACAAUGACAUUCUAGACUUACACUAAAUGUAAGUCGCUCUGGAUAAGAGCAUCUGCUAAAUGACUAAAAAUGUACAAAAAAUUGAAGAUUCUGUGCUUCCAACUUUGUGGCAACUGUUUGGGGAAGGCCCUUUCCUGUUUCAGCAUGACAAUGCCCCCGUGCACAAAGCGAGGUCAAUACAGAAAUUGUUUUUCGAGAUUGGUGUGGAAGAACUUGACUGAUCUGCACAGAGCCCUGACCUCAACCCCAUCGAACACUUUGGGAUGAAUUGGAACGCCGACUGAGAGCCAGGCCUAAUCGCCCAACAUCAGUGCCCGACCUCACUAAUACGCUUGUGGCUGAAUGGAAGCAAGUCCCCGCAGCAAUGUUCCAACAUCUAGUGGAAAGCCUUCCCAGAAGAGUGGACGCUGUUAUAGCAGCAAAGCUGGGACCAACUCAAUAUUAAUGCCCAUGAUUUUGGAAUGAGCUGUUUGACUAGCAGGUGUCCACAUACCUUUGGUAUGGAUUACUUUAUCCUAUCUCUUUAAGGAACACCUGGGAUAGGAUAAAGUAAUCCUUCUACACCCCCCCCUUACCCCACCCCCCCAAAAAAAAUAAAAAAUUAUAAUAAUAAUUGUAAAGUGGUUAUCCCACUGGCUAUAAGGUGAAUGCACCAAUUUGUAAGUCGCUCUGGAUAAGAGCGUCUGCUAAAUGACGUAAAUGUAAAUGUAGUGUAUAUGACUAGACGUAGGCCAAUGUCAUAGGCCUAUCGUCAACCAAUUAUAUUUCUCAAAUCCUUUCGGGCUAAAGUUGGAGAGGACAGUUAGACCUCUUAACUACUUAUAAAAACCGUGUUUAUGAUGAAGAGCUACAAAAGUAGGUAAAUAUCCAUAUUAGACUGAAAGGUAUAUGGUAAUUACGUCAAACUUGUGAGGCUCUUGUACUCAUUAGUUGCUCAUUCAACAUAUUUGCUGCUACUUCACUCAAUCCCGUUUUUAACUCUUCCUUCCUACCUGUUUUACAUUCCCUGAGACCAACCAGAAAGGUUUCUUUGGCCAAAUAUUCCCAGAUUUUGUGGUCUCUCGUUUCUGCAUCACCAAAUUUUGCGCAGCAAAGGAGUAGAGUAGGUGCACUUCAAUUGCUCCUUCAGUGCGCAGACUGCUAAGUGUAGUGACACAUUCCGCUACUUCUCACAAUGGUGCUUGGUUAGUAAAGUUUAGAUCAAAGCUGAAUCAUUGUCUUGGAAGAUCACAUAAUGAUUAAUUAGUAUUCUACAUAACCAAAUAUAAUAGCAUAGUAUAACGCAGGGCCUAAAAUUUACUUUUUGGUCUACCAGCCACUGUGGCAGGUACAGUAGAUUUUAAAAAAUCUACCAGCCACUCAGAUUUUUUACCAGGCAAAAUAAAAAUGUUCGUAGUUAAGUAAUAAAAAAAAACACAAACAUGACCAUGCUGUGUACUAUUUCUAAAACAAGAAAUGUAAACUCAGCAAAAAAGGAAACAUUCUCUCACUGUCAACUGCGUUUAUUUUCAGCAAACUUAACGUGUAAAUAUUUGUAUGAACAUAACAAGAUUCAACCAUAAACUGAACAAGUUCCACAGACAUGUGACUAACAGAAAUGGAAUAAGUCCCUGAACAAAGGGGGGGGUCAAAAUCUAAAGUAACAGUCAGUAUCUGGUGUGGUCACCAGUUGUAUUAAGUACUGCAGUGCAUCUCCUCCUCACGGACUGCACCAGAUUUGCCAGUUCUUGCUGUGAGAUGUUACCCCACUCUUCCACCAAGGCACCUGCAAGUUCCCGGACAUUUCUGGGGGGAAUGGCCCUCACCCUCCGAUCCAACGGGUCCCAGACGUGCUCAAUGGGAUUGAGAUCCGGGCUCUUCGCUGGCCAUGGCAGAACACUGACAUUCCUGUCUUGCAGGAAAUCACGCACAGAACGAGCAGUAUGGCUGGUGGCAUUGUCAUGCUGGAAGGUCAUGUCAGGAAGAGCCUGCAGGAAGGGUACCACAUGAAGGAGGAGGAUGUCUUCCCUGUAACGCACAGCGUUGAGAUUGCCUGCAAUGACAACAAGCUCAGUCCGAUGAUGCUGUGACUCACCGCCCCAGACCAUGACGGACCCUCCACCUCCAAAUCGAUCCCGCUCCAGAGUACAGGUGUAACGCUCAUUCCUUCGACGAUAAACGUGAAUCCAACCAUCACCCCUGGUGAGACAAAACCGCGACUCAGUGAAGAUAACUUUUUGCCAGUCCUGUCUGGUCCAGUGACGGUGGGUUUGUGCCCAGAUACGACGUUGUUGCCGGUAAUGUCUGGUAAGGACCUGCCUUACAACAGGCCUACAAGCACUCAGUCCAGCCUCUCUCUCAGCCUAUUGCGGACAGUCUGAGCACUGAUGGAGGGAUGGUGCGUUCCUGGUGUAACUCGGGCAGUUGUUGUUGCUGCCAUCCUAUACCUGUCCCGCAGGUGUGAUGUUCGGAUGUACCGAUCCUGUGCAGGUGUUGUUACACGUGGUCUGCCACUGCGAGGACGAUCAGCUGUCCGUCCUGUCUCCCUGUAGCGUUGUCUUAGGCGUCUCACAGUACGGACAUUGCAAUUUAUUGCCCUGGCCACAUCUGCAGUCCUCAUGCCUCCUUGCAGCAUGCCUACGGCACGUUCAUGCGGAUAAGCAGGGAUCCUGGGCGUCUUUCUUUUAGUGUUUUUCAGAGUCAGUAGAAAGGCCUCUUUAGUGUCCUAAGUUUUCAUAACUGUGACCUUAAUUGCCUACCGUCUGUAAGCUGUUAGUGUCUUAACGACCGUUCCACAGGUGCAUGUUCAUUAAUUGUUUAUGGUUCAUUGAACAAGCAUGGGGAACAGUGUUUAAACCAUUUACAAUGAAGAUCUGUGAAGUUAUUUGGAUUUUUACAAAUUAUCUUUGAAAGACAGGGUCCUGAAAAGGGGACGUUUCUUUUUUUGCUGAGUUUAUUAGUAAGAAGUAAUGUGGUAUAAUGCUCAAUUUCAUUUUUUGUGACCUGAGUCUUUUAAUAAUCAAAAUAUCAGAGAAAAAAUCUUCAGCUGCCCCUUUAUGGCCUGGAGGUUACCGUGGUAACGGGGCCACUCGAGUCCUAUCACGUUUGUUUGUGUGAGAUUUGUGAUCUGGCUAGGAUGUCUCUUCGCUAUCAGUUGAAGCAGUAGACUCAAACUAACCUUGUAAAACAACCGAACUUGUGAACAAAACAAUGUAAAUAGCCAAGAAACACGAGGACAAAGUCUAACUUUGUAGACUGUUGAGUAAAAUAGACUGACUUUUAUGCCUGUGCCGGUGCCUCCAAAAAUGAAUCCAUCAGCACUUCACUCAUUGCGCACAUCUCCUAUGCCAGGCAGUUUCUGCUCGUGGUGGGAUAUAGGAUUCGUAUUUCUUUGUGCAAUUAGCAGCUAUGAAACAAAAGAGCAGAAAUACUUUGAAAACAGGUACUGCAGCAUUUUUCUAACCCUAACACGCACGUGUGCUCAUACUUGACUUUUGACUAUUUUUAUUUGCGAAUUUAAUGCUCUCACUGUAGAGCCCUGCAAAUUGACCACCCGCGAACGUGGCUGGUGAAAUAGACAUUCUUAUCCGCCAAUACCUAAACCUACCCACAUUUGGCAGGUGGCAGGUAUUAAUUUUAUGCCCUGGUAUAACAUUACUGUUAAGAAAUUAGGUGGUGUUUUUGGUUUAUGAGAUUUUAGAAAAAUGAUGUAAUGUGGCCAAAACUCAACCGCACGCACCACGAGGUAGAAUUUGCUUUGAUUGAAACAAAAUAAAGGAAGGCUAUAUAGUUUAACACCAUCUGCUACACUGACCCGCAAAUGUCCCGCAAAAUCAUCCUGUUUUUGUGCAUUUGGGUAUUUUAAAUGUCGUCACCCUAGUGGUGAGGCUCCACACAGCUCAUGACAUAAUAUACAACAUGCUCACUCACACAUUCUUAAAAAAUGGUCAGGUGCUGGGUUGUCGUCAGUGAAAUCCAUGGAAGGUAAAAUGGACAGCAAUAGGUCAGUCGUGUGUUUAAAUUAAAUGCACAGUUAAUGAUUAUGAUGCUAUGGUUGGGUGUAUUGGGCCUGUCCUGUAUGCAGAAAACCUCCCAGCACAGCUCCCAGGGGCCACGUUGUAGCUGAGUUUAGCCUUCGAAAAACAACUUAGAAGUAAGAAAAACAAGGCAACCGUAAACAUGUCGUCCCCCACAAAUGAUGCAGCGCCCCCCUUGGGCCAAUCAGUGUAAUUUAGUAAAUGGCGGAUCUCUAUGGCAAGACCCAAGUUUAGUCAAAAUCGGGCCAGUGGUGUCUGCGAUUGCGUGGGUUAGCUAGACUCAUAUCCCUGAGCAUGUGUGCCAUAUUUCAUCACACUGAGUCAAACAGAUCAAGAGAUAUAAGCAUGUGCCCGUUAUAGCACCACAGUGUGGUCUAUGAAUGUUCUUGCAUAUGUUGAGUCUUAACAAUGUUUGCAGCUUGUGUACCAAAUUUAGUUAAAGUACGAAUAUCCUUCACUGUUCUUCCAUCCAGACUACAGGAAGAAUUCUGCCCCUGGAAACCAUCUGUCUGCAGUCAGCGUCCUUUGUCACCGGAGCUGAUGUCAGCUGGUCCAGGGAGGUUAUCAGAGAUGCUUCCAUCAGUUGUGUGAGUCUCAGGGUAAAAGGGUAAAGUACAGCACACUAAUGAUGUCAGGGGAAUGACUAGCUUACCGUAAUUUUUGUCUGUACUGCAGUCUGUUUUUGGGUUGAUUUAAGGAAAUUCAGUCUUCUACGCAGCCACUUAAAACGUGAUUUAGUUGAAGAAAAAGAAACGGAGGAAACAAGAAAUCAGCCUGGCUCUGGCCAAUAAUAGUGCAUUAUAUAGGGAAUAAUGACAUUUCAGGCUCACACUUCUCCUCUGGCCCGUUCUGUUUGAUUCUCAGAUCCCCAUGAACUGCUGGGCCAUUUUCUACCCGUGGCGCUGUGCCGAGCAGGCCGAGGAGCUAGUGUCCUGCUUUGGGAAGGUGGCCGGACCCAUGGGCCUGAGGCUGGAUCGCCCCAUCCGCGUGGAGCUGAGGGACGACCGCACCGAGACCUACGUCAAGAGCAUCCACUCCCAGCUCACUAGUGAAGUAGGACAUGACACUACCGCCUCUGAGCACCUUAGAACAGUUUUUUUUGCAAACAAUUGUUGUUAUUGAAUCACAGAAGCUGUAUAGGCCAUGAAGAGAAAUAGAGUACAUUUUUCUGAACAUUUCCCCAACCUCUGUUUCACCCCAAACCUUUGAGCCUACUUCAAACAUUUGACUAGUAAAAAUGUGGAGGUUAAUUCGUUUCACUAAUGUCCCUCAACUUUGUGGUUAUUUCUAUGAUGCUGUUUGAGUUAUUCACAUCAGUAAUACAUAAACGCUGGGCGUUGGGAGAUUUGUCCUUUCGUUGUAAAGCGCUUUGAUGUGGAAAAGUGCUAUAUAAAUCCUAUUAAAUAUGAAUCUAUUAUAAUGAGCUUUCUCUUUUUUAUCGUGGCCCAUUUUUCAGCCCAACGUGCAGUUGGUAGUGUGCAUCAUGACAGGCAACAGAGACGACCUCUACAGUGCCAUCAAGAAGCUGUGCUGCGUCCAGAGUCCUGUGCCCUCUCAGGUUGACUCUGCCACACCUCCAGACAAUUCACUAUUGAUCUUCAUUUAGCCAGGAUAGUCCACUCCACAACAAACGCACAACAUACAGUAAACGUUCAAAUAAUAUGGUUAGGUGCCAGCACUAUUUUGCUUAGCCUACACCUCGGCAGUGGUAGAAAAAGUACCAAAUUGUCAUACUUUUGUAAAAGUAAAGUCACCCAGUAAAAUACUACUUGAGUAAAAGUCUAAAAUUAUUUUGUUUUAAAUAUACUGAAGUGUCAAAGUAAAAGUAUAAAUCAUUUCAAGUUCCUUAUAUUGAGAAAACCAGACAGCAAUAUUUUCUUGUUUUUUAAAUUCAUGGAUAGCCAGGGGCACACUCCAAAACUCAGGUAUCAUUUACAAACGACACAGUGUGUUUGGUGAGUCUGCCAGAUCACAUGCAGUAGGGAUGACCAGGGAUGUUCUCUUAAUAAGUGUGUGAAUUGGACCAUUAUCCUGUCCUGCUAAGCAUUCAAAAUGUAACGAGUACUUCUGGGUGUCAGGGGAAAUGUAUAGAGUAAAAAGUACAUUCUUCAGGAAUGUAGUGAAGUAAAAGCAAACUUUGUCAAAAGUUGUAUAAAUAUUAAAGUCGAGAUACCCAUAAAAAAUACUUAAGUAGUACUUUAAAGUAUUUUUACUUAAAUAGGCCUACUUUACACAACUGCACCAGUUGAGAACAAGUUCUCAUUUACAACUGCAACCUGUCCAAGAUAAAGCAAAGAUCUGUGAAUGUUGAAGGUGUAAGGUUCAGGGAAAGAGGCAAGGAACCAAAAUUGAGGAAACAGAUGUUCAGACAAUGUAUAGCUUUUGAUAAGCACACAAAAGGUUUAUCAGCUGCCUAAUGCAAAGGUUAAUCUAAAAUGAAAAAUGUUCAUCUCUUUGGCUUUGUAGGCCAUUAACAUCCGGACCAUCUCCCAACCCCAAAAGCUGAGGAGCGUUGCCCAGAAAAUCCUGCUGCAGAUGAACUGCAAACUGGGGGGAGAGCUGUGGACCGUGAAUGUCCCUCUGGUUAGUGUUAUAUUCUUCUCUACUGGUAAGGUUUUGGCUGACGUUGACUGUGUUCUAAGUUUAGGUGUAGGGAUGCUAUGUGUCCACCAGAUGGAGACAGUGGGUUGAUGGAGCCAGAGAAACAUUCAAGUCAGAAUUAAAGCUUUGCAUAAGAUAAAGAGAGAGAAUCAGGAUUUCAGAACAAGUCACAAAUAUCAUAUUUUAUAGUGUAAUGUACAAAAUAAACACCAAUUUACCGUUAAAGAAAGUGACAUACAAAUGCCAAUGGGAUAAUAUAAAACAAGUAGAGUUUAUACUGCAAAAUGACAUUUUCAGUACACAGUCUGAAGAGGUAAGGGGUUUUGUUAUUUUUGUCAAGUCAGCUGUUAAAAUGUUUUACCUGCCACUCACAGUUCUGGUAAAGGUGGGGCACCUCAUUUUACCCUUGGGGAGGCUGGAGCAGAGGAGAGAUGUGACCAGGAUUAUGUGUUGCCAUCAGACAGCUACAGGUUGUAGGGCCCUAUACAAUUCUUGUUGCGGAGAACGUGGGAUGGAAUCCCAGAAUUCAGAGAUUAAAACGGAAUUCAACAAUAUUCCAAAAUGUAUUGAACUUAUUAGUAGGAAAUCAACUAAAUGUAAUUUGCCCAAGAUUAUCAUAAAACAUGAAUAAUAUGCAUCAGUGAUUUGUAUUUUCCUUCAACUUUCUGAAGAGGUAACGGCCCCUGUCUGUGUGUGCGUUUGUCUACCACUUUGUGUAGCUGUUAUCGAUGAUGCUAACGUAAUGACAACCGUCUUCUGGUAGAUGGAAAGACUUUCCCUAAAACCUUCUCAAUUAAAUGUUAACUACAAAGUAGCCUAUGCCUACCUGGCAGAAGGAUAUCAUGAUAAUUUGCAUCAAUCCAUUUGCCAUUUGUUUAGCAAACUCUGCAAUCACAUGAGUGCUACAGAAACAUCGGUAACAUAGCUAACCAAACAACGGUCUCUGGCUGGUGCGCAGUUAAUUUAAAGUAUAACUACACCCAAAAAUCGAAAUGUCUUAACCUUAACCUCAAAAGUGGUCUCCUGAUGUGGUUUAAGCAUUGUUGUGGACUUACAGUGGGGAAAAAAAGUAUUUAGUCAGCCACCAAUUGUGCAAGUUCUCCCACUUAAAAAGAUGAGAGAGGCCUGUAAUUUUCAUCAUAGGUACACGUCAACUAUGACAGACAAAAUGAGAAAAAAAAAUCCUGAAAAUCACAUUGUAGGAUUUGUAAUGAAUUUAUUUGCAAAUUAUGGUGGAAAAUAAAUAUUUGGUCAAUAACAAAAGUUUCUCAAUACUUUGUUAUAUACCCUUUGUUGGCAAUGACACAGGUCAAACGUUUUCUGUAAGUCUUUACAAGGUUUUCACACACUGUUGCUGGUAUUUUGGCCCAUUCCUCCAUGCAGAUCUCCUCUAGAGCAGUGAUGUUUUGGGGCUGUCGCUGGGCAACACAGACUUUCAACUCCCUCCAAAGAUUUUCUAUGGGGUUGAGAUCUGGAGACUGGCUAGGCCACUCCAGGACCUUGAAAUGCUUCUUACGAAGCCACUCCUUCGUUGCCCGGGCGGUGUGUUUGGGAUCAUUGUCAUGCUGCAAGACCCAGCCACGUUUCACCUUCAAUGCCCUUGCUGAUGGAAGGAGGUUUUCACUCAAAAUCUCACGAUACAUGGCUCCAUUCAUUCUUUCCUUUACACGGAUCAGUCGUCCUGGUCCCUUUGCAGAAAAACAGCCCCAAAGCAUGAUGUUUCUACCCCCAUGCUUCACAGUAGGUAUGGUGUUCUUUGGAUGCAACUCAGCAUUCUUUGUUCUCUAAACACGACGAGUUGACUUUUUACCAAAAAGUUAUAUUUUGGUUUCAUCUGACCAUAUGACAUUCUCCCAAUCCUCUUCUGGAUCAUCCAAAUGCACUCUAGCAAACUUCAGACGGGCCUGGACAUGUACUGGCUUAAGCAGGGGGACACGUCUGGCACUGCAGGAUUUGAGUCCCUGGCGGCGUAGUGUGUUACUGAUGGUAGGCUUUGUUACUUUGGUCCCAGCUCUCUGCAGGUCAUUCACUAGGUCCCCCCGUGUGGUUCUGGGAUUUUUGCUCACCGUUCUUGUGAUCAUUUUGACCCCACUGGGUGAGAUCUUGCGUGGAGCCCCAGAUCGAGGGAGAUAUCAGUGGUCUUGUUUGUCUUCCAUUUCCUAAUAAUUGCUCCCACAGUUGAUUUCUUCAAACCAAACUGCUUACCUAUUGCAGAUUCAGUCUUCCCAGCCUGGUGCAGGUCUACAAUUUUGUUUCUGGUGUCCUUUGACAGCUCUUUGGUCUUGGCCAUAGUGGAGUUUGGAGUGUGACUGUUUGAGGUUGUGGACAGGUGUCUUUUAUACUGAUAACAAGUUCAGACAGGUGCCAUUAAUAAAGGUAACGAGUGGAGGACAGAGGAGCCUCUUAAAGAACAAGCUACAGGUCUGUGAGAGCCAGAAAUCUUGCUUGUUUGUAGGAGACCAAAUACUUAUUUUCCACCAUAAUUUGCAAAUAAAUUCAUUACAAAUCCUACAAUGUGAUUUUCUGUAUUUUUUUUUCUCUAUUUGUCUGUCAUAGUUGACGUGUACCUAUUAUGAAAAUUACAGGCCUCUCUCAUCUUUUUAAGUGGGAGAACUUGCACAAUUGGUGGCUGACUAAAUACUUUUUUCCCCCACUGUAUAACAUCCAAUUUGGUUGUUUUUCUAUUAAACCACAAAAGGGUGUUGUCAAAAAGUGAUUGAAUUCAAAUGGGUUUACCCAGCUGUUAGAUUUGUUUGUUUGUUUUAGUGUAGUAUUUUUAGCACCUGUCUUUGCUCUACGUUUGAACAGAAACAUCUGAUGGUGAUUGGAGUGGACGUCCAUCACGACACCAGCAAGAAGAACAGAUCAGUCAUGGGCUUCGUCGCCAGCCUGAACAGGUGAACGCCCCCUAAAAGACACACCACACAGUAACAUAUUAGUGAAUGCAAUUAACAUAUCUUAAUUGAUGGCUUUUCUGAUUUAAUUAUGGAUAUAUCCCAAAUGGCACCCUAUUCCCUAUAUCAGGGAUGGGGCAACUUUGAUGGGAGUGGGGGCCACAAAAAAUAUGAACUGAUGAGGGGACACAGUGGCUCGUGGGUCUGCGUACCUACAUCCAUACCCACACAUGCAGUCAGAGCCAGCCCUAGCCUUUUGGGCUUUAGAUGGCUAACCUAUGUAGUGCACUACCUUUUACCAGGCCCCAAAGGGUGCACUAUAUAGGGAAUAGGGUGUUAUUUGGGAUACAACCUAUGACAUUUCCUCCUAUUCCUCCCCUCCCCCAGCCUGCUGACUAGGUGGUACUCCAGAGUGACCUUCCAGAUGCCCAAUGAGGAGAUCAUCAAUGGGUUCAGGGUGUGUCUGCUGGCUGCACUGCAGAAAUACUACGAGGUGACCAUUUUAAUAUAGGCCUACUAUGAGUUGUGAUGCCUUUUAUUUAUUUUUAACACAGCAUACUAAAGGCCUUUCAGCCCAGCCUGGGAUUUAUUUUAAAUAUUCAGUACCAGUCAAAAGUUUGGACACACCUACUCAUUCAAGGGGUUUUCUUUAUUUUUACUAUUUUCUACAUUGUAGAAUUAUAGCGAAGACAUCAGAACUAUGAAAUAACACAAAUGGAAUCAUGUAGUAACCAAAAAUGUGUUAAACAAAUCCAAAUAUAUUUGAGAUUUGAGAUUCUUUAAAGUAGCCACCCUUUGCCUUGAUGACAGCGUUGCACACUCUUGGCAGACUCUCAAUCAGCUUCAUGAGGUAGUCACCUGGAAUGCUUUUCCAACAGUCUUGAAGGAGUUGCCACAUAUGCUGAGCACUUGUUGGCUGCUUUUCCUUCACUCUGCGGUCCAACUCAGCCCAAACCAUCUCAAUUGGGUUGAGGUCGGGUGAUUGUGGAGGCCAGGUCAUCUGAUGUAGCGCUCCAUCACUCUCCUUCUUGGUCAAAUAGCCCUUACACAGCCUGGAGGUGUGUUUUGGGUCAUUGUCCUGUUGAAAAACAAAUGAUAGUCCCACUAAGUGCAAACCAGAUGGGAUGGCGUAUCGCUGCAGCAUGCUGUGGUAGCCAUGCUGGUUAAGUGUGCCUUGAAAUCUAAAUAAAUCACUGACAGUGUCACCACCAAAGCACCCCCACACUAUCACACCUCCUCCAUGCUUCAUGGUGGGAACCACACAUGCAGAUAUCAUCCGUUCACCUACUCUGCGUCUCACAAAGACACGGUGGUUGGAACCAAAAAUCUCAAAUUUGGACUCAUCGGACCAAAGGACAGAUUUCGUGUUUCUUGGGCCAAGCAAGUCUCUUCUUCUUAUUGGUGUCCUUUAGAAGUGGUUUCUUUGCAGCAAUUCGACCAUGAAGGCCUGAUUCACGCAGUCUCCUCUGAACAGUUGAGAUGUGUCUGUUACUUGAACUCUGAAGCAUUCAUUUGGGCUGCAAUCUGAGGUGCAGUUAAUUGCAGAUUUCUGAGGCUGGUAACUCUAAUGAACUUUUCCUCUGCAGCAGAGGUAACUCUGGGUCUUCCUUUCCUGUGGCGGUCCUCAUGAGAGUCAGUUUCGUCAUAGCACUUGAUGGUUUUUGCGACUGCACUUGAAGAAACGUUAAAAGUUCUUGAAAUGUUCCGCAUUGACUGACCUUCAAGUCUCAAAGUAAUGAUGGACUGUUGUUUCUCUUUGCUUAUUUGAGCUGUUCUUAAUAUGGACUUAGACCUAUUUGGCAAAAGACCAUCUUCUGUUUACCAUCCCUACCUUGUCACAACACUACUGAUUGGCUCAAACGCAUUAAGAAGGAAAGAAAUUCCACAAAUUAACUUUUAACAAGGUACACCUGUUAAUUGAAAUGGAUUUUCAUGCAGUUCCACGUGUGUACUUAGAGGAAUAAAAGUGAAUAUAUGAAAAUUGACCCAUAACUCCACCUAUACAACAACAUAGGACUAUAUAUCAUUUUAAGCAGGGUUCAUUGGCAAGUCAAAUUCAAGGACUUUCAGGGACUUUUUCAAGCACUUAAUUUUCAAGGACCUCAAUUAAGUGAUAAUGCCCUGGAAGCCAGUGUUUAGAGGAUAUAUUGGCAUGGGUGUUGUUAGGGCCGAGACGAAGUUAAGGGCCGGCAAACCGUGCCAAUAUAGCCUCCAAACACCGGCUUCGAGGGCAUUAUCACUUUUAUACAACAUGUUACCAACAUAUUCAAAUAAUGAUUGACAUAUUUUCAUUGACGUUAUUUUGAUGAAUUUAUUCAUCCUUCCAUAAGAUAUAAUCCCGACACAAAUCUAGGGUUGCUACCCCCCAAGCCAGCUGGUCGUUCGUUCUAUCGGUUCGGUUGCCAGAGACGCGACCCAGUAUUUCAGUCUUUUUGUUCUGUGUCUAUGGACGUUGUUCAUUCUAAAUGUUCCAUUGCCAUACUGGCUGGCAACGUUCAUAUCCCUUGCUUGCUAGCUAGCCAACUACGGCUAAUUUACAGUCACGUCAAAAAGUGCAGCCAGCAUAACCGCAAAGUAGCUGCAUUUGCAUUUGUGUAAACUGUUUUCUAGUGACAUUUAUUUGGAUACAUCCAUAACAAUUUUUUAAUGAGGCGCGAUUUCGCCUGGCAUAGAAAAUGUGCUCACUCGUCAGGACACUGUUGUUCAGAAGAGCUAGCCAACAACACAACUAACACAAUCACUUCAAACUGAAGCUGGAAAGACCGCAAACUAGCUGCACGUCGUUUCGUUUUACCAGCUGAUUCAUGAUUUCGACUGGUUGAGAAACGCUGCCUGCCUGUCUGUCUGUCUCGUCCCGACUCCCGACACGUUCAUUACUUAAUUUAGCCGGUGGUAACUUGUGGAAUAGACACUGGCUGGAAUGCGGUUUUAACCAAUCAGCAUUCAGGAUUUGACCCACCUGUUGUAUAAAGUUAUACAAUUAUAUAAUUGUACAGGGCGGCAGGUAGCUUAGUGGUUAAGAGCGUUGUGCCAGUAACCGAAAGGUCGCUGGUUCUAAUCUCCGAGCCGACUAGAUGAAAAUCUGUCGGUGCCCUUGAGCAAGGCACUUAACCCUAAUUGCUCCUGUAAGUCGCUCUGGAUAAGAAAAAAAAAAUAAGUUAAUUAAAUUACAUAUAGGGCCUAUUAUAAACUGGGUGGUUCGAGCCCUGAAUGCUGAUUGGCUGACAGCUGUGGUAUAUCAGACCGUAUACCACGGGAAUUACAUAUUUAUUUUUACUGCUCUAAUUACGUUGGUAACCAGUUUAUAUAAUAGCAAUAAGGCACAUCCGGGGUUUGUGGUAUAUUGGCCAUAUACCACACCUUGUGCCUUAAUGCUUAAAUAUAGAACCCCCAAAAUGCAUGCAGAAAGUGUCAAAAACGUAGGCUGUUACCACUUUAAGAAUAAUGAAUUGUUUAGACCUUGCCAAUGCAUUGAUGUUGAAAGUAUUAUUACAUUCUAAAAUAUGGGAGAAUAAUGUGGACAUUGCCUGACUAAAUAGAUUACAUGCGUGCAUGGCGAUUUUUCUGUAUCCUAUGUGGCCGACGCAGGCACACAAAAUAAAGCCGUGAAUAGCGGUAGCAUAAAUCUCACAAUUUGAAUCUCACCAUCGCUUUUUUAUAAUGAUUAAGUGACCAAAAAACAGGUUCCUUUGUUAAUGGAAAGAUUUGUAUGGAAAGCCAAGUUGAAGCCAACAUUAGAUGUUGUCUUCCUCAUAAUAACCGCACGUGGUUUUACCGCAACAGAGUAGUGGCCCCGUGUAGCUCAGUUGGUAGAGCAUGGCGCUUGCAACGCCAGGGUUGUGGGUUCGUUUCCCACGGGGGGCCAGUAUGACAUUUUCCUAAAUAAAAAUGUAUGCACUCACUAAAUGUAAGUCGCUCUGGAUAAGAGCGUCUGCUAAAUGACUAAAAUGUACAAAUGUAAAAUGUAGUGCAACGCCCUUCAAUUGAAGCGGUGGGAAGCAAAUUAAACUAGCCACAUUGCUCACAAAAACGGAUAAAAAAUAUUUCAAAAAGGGAGCAGGAGAACUUAUAAAUUGACUAUAAUAAUUACAAUAACUUUUCAAGCACCAAAUUGAAGGUAGGCCUAUUCCAGUACUUGAAUUUCUGUGCUCCAAUUUCAGGUUCAAUUAGACUACUUCAAUUGCAGCUGUAACAUGGAAAACUAAAUUUAUUUGUCAUGUUAUUUCAUUACCAGAUCAUAUUGUGAAUAGGUCCACUAGGCUAUGUAAUUUGUUGUCAUUAUAUCCAGAAUAAUUAAUAGGAAAAGCGUUGGGUGUUGCGCAAUAGUCUUUCCUACACAAUUGCGCACUGUAGACUGUGUCCAAUCCGAGGCACGAAAACAUGAACACAUUACCUUGCUGCUUUCUGUUAAAUCUGAGACCCUGCUGUAAAUGAAGCAGAAACAACCUGAUGAUCAACAUCAAUUCGCUAGGGAUAUUAGAUCCAACGUGGAUCCAGGCACAACUGUCUUCACCGGCAUAACGAAUGAGACACAAAUGUUCUGGACAUUCCUCGUGAAACAGCACUUGGACUGUUGUUGCAUCGCAUGCACUAUCACAAUAGCUGUUCGUCACUUGACUGUCAUUCUGGAAAAUUCCUUCCUUGAUCAGAUGGGUGUACAUUUCACGGCGUAACUAAUCAGCUGGACACCAAAUGCGCCUCCAACAAGUAUUAUGCAUAAUUGAAGAACCACAUUCAUGACAGUUUCGAUGUAGGUUUUAAGUAUGAAGGUAAGGUGACUCUUUCAUUUAGGAGCAUUCGAUUUUGCAUUCACAUUUAUUAUUUUGGAUUUGUGUGCCCAUGAAAAUGCGCCGCGUCCUCAGAGCAUGCGCAGACCAGCUGGCUGGUGUAUUUACGGACAUAUUCAAUCUCUCUAUCCCAGUCUGCUGUCCCCACAUGCUUCAAGAUGGCCACCAUUAUUCCUGUACCCAAGAAAGCAAAGGUAACUGAACUAAACGACUAUCGCCACGUAGCACUCACCUGUCAUCAUGAAGUGCUUUGAGAGACUAGGCAAGGAUCAUAUCACCUCUACCUUACCUGCUACCCUAGACCCACUUCAAUUUGCUUACCGCCCCAAUAGAGCCACAGACGAUGCAAUCGCCGUCACUCUGCACGCUGCCCUAUCCCAUCUGGACAAGAGGAAUACCUAUGUAAGAAUGCUGUUCAUUGACUAUAGCUCAGCAUUCAACACCAUAGUACCCUCCAAGCUCAUCGUUAAGCUUGAGGCCCUGGGUCUGAACCCCGCCCUGUGCAACUGGGUCCUGAACUUCCUGACGGGCCGCCCCCAGGUGGUGAAGGUAGGAAACAACACCUCCACUUAGCUGAUCCUCAACACUGGGGCCCCACAAGGGUGCGUGCUCAGCCCACUCCUGUACGACACAACAGUAGUAGGCUUGAUUACCAACAAUGAUGAGACAGCCUACAGGGAGGAGGUGAGGGCUCUGGGAGUGUGGUGCCAGAAAAAUAACUUCUCACUCAACGUCAACAAAACAAAGGAGAUGAACAUGGACUUCAGGAAACAGCAGAGGGUGCACCCCCAUAUCCACAUCGACGGGACUGCAGUGCAGAAGGUGUAAAGCUUCAAGUUCCUUGGCGUACACAUCACUGACAAACUGAAAUGGUCCACCCACGCAGACAGUGUGGUGAAGAAGCCGCAACAGAGCCUCUUCAACCUCAGGAGGCUAAAGAAAUUUGGCUUGGCACCUAAAACCAUCACAAACUUUUACAGAUGCACAAUUGAGAGCAUUCUGUCGGGCUGUAUCACCGCCUGGUACGGAAACUGCACCGCCCGCAACCGCAAGGCUCUCCAGAGGGUGGUGUGGUCUGCACAACGGAUUACCGGGGGCAAACUACCCGCCCACCAGGACACCUACAGCACCCGAUGUCACAGGAAGGACAAAAAGCUAUCAUCCGGAAGGCAGGUCAGUACAGGUGCAUCAAAGCUGGGACCGAGAGACUGAAGAACAGCUUCUAUCUCAAGGCCAUCAGACUGUUAAACAGCCAUCACUAGCGCAUUAGAGGCUGCUGCCUAUAGACAUAGACUAGAAAUCUCUAGCUACUUUAAGAAAUGGAACUAUAGCCACUUUAAUAAUGUUUACAUAUCUUGCAUUACUCAUCUCAUAUGUAUAUGCUGUAUUCUAUACUAUUCUACUGUAUCUUAGUCCAUGCCGCUCUAACAUCGCUUGUCCAUAUAUGUAUAUAUUCUUAAUUCAUUCCUUACUUAGAUUUGUGUAUAUUGGGUAUAUGUUGUGAAAUUGUUAGAUAUUACUGCACUGUCGGAGCUAGAUGCACAAGCAUUUCGUUACACCCGCAAUAACAUCUGCUAAACACGUGUAUGUGACCAAUAACAUUUGAUUUGAUUUGACAUUAGACACAAUGUUACGUAGUUACACUGCAUUUCUGCGAUCUCUAUACAAAAAACUGUCCAACAGCUAGAUCCAGGAUUCUUACAGGGUUCAAGUUCAAUGUCUAAUUUAACUGAUUAAUGCUUAAUAUAUGAUAUAAAGACAACUUACACUGCCAUAAAUGCAAGGACAGAAAAGUAAUAUUUUAUGUUAUACCAUUUUGGACAAAUCCGUCAAGACACCAUCCAUGAUAAAGGAUUAAACCGGUUUUAAAUCAACUCGUGAUCUUAUGAUCCCCGUUAUAUCUUAAUGUAAUGACAUGAAAAAAAAUGGCUGAUUAUUAUCAAUGACUUAUCAACAGCUACUGUAUAAUUAGUUGUCCAGUGUAGGAAAUCCUCACUGUUACCCUAGUUUUAUAGAAAGACCCAUAUGCUAGAGAUAAAACAUUUUUUUAUGUAUGUACAAGUGGGGGGAAAAAAGUAUUUAGUCAUCCACCAAUUGUGCAAGUUCUCCCACUUAAAAAGAUGAGAGAGGCCUGUAAUUUCUAUCAUAGGUACACGUCAACUACGACAGACAAAAUGAGAAAAAAAUAUCCAGAAAAUCACAUUGUAGGAUUUUUUAUGAAUUUAUUUGCAAAUUAUGGUGGAAAAUAAGUAUUUGGUCAAUAACAAAAGUUUCUCAAUACUUUGUUAUAUACCCUUUGUUGGCAAUGACACAGGUCAAACGUUUUCUGUAAGUCUUCACAAGGUUUUCACUCAUUGUUUCUGGUAUUUUGGCCCAUUCCUCCAUGCAGAUCUACUCUAGAGCAGUGAUGUUUUGUGGCUGUCGCUGGGCAACACAGACUUUCAACUCCCUCCAAAGAUUUUCUAUGGGGUUGAGAUCUGGAGACUGGCUAGACCACUCCAGGACCUUGAAAUGCUUCUUACGAAGCCACUCCUUCGUUGCCCGGGCGGUGUGUUUGGGAUCAUUGUCAUGCUGAAAGACCCAGCCACGUUUCAUCUUCAAUGCCCUUGCUGAUGGAAGGAGGUUUUCACUCAAAAUCUCACGAUACAUGGCCCCAUUCAUUCUUUCCUUUACACAGAUCAGUCGUCCUGGUCCCUAUGCAGAAAAACAGCCCCAAAGCAUGAUGUUUUCACCCCCAUGCUUCACAGUAGGUAUGGUGUUCUUUGGAUGCAACUCAGCAUUCUUUGUCCUCCAAACACGACGAGUUGAGUUUUUACCAAAAAGUUCUAUUUUGGUUUCAUCUGACCAUAUGACAUUCUCCCAAUCCUCUUCUGGAUCAUCCAAAUGCACUCUAGCAAACUUCAGACGGGCCUGGACAUGUACUGGCUUAAGCAGGGGGACACGUCUGGCACUGCAGGAUUUGAGUCCCUGGCGGCGUAGUGUGUUACUGAUGGUAGGCUUUGUUACUUUGGUCCCAGCUCUCUGCAGGUCAUUCACUAGGUCCCCCCGUGUGGUUCUGGGAUUUUUGCUCACCGUUCUUGUGAUCAUUUUGACCCCACGGGGUGAGAUCUUGCGUGGAGCCCCAGAUCGAGGGAGAUUAUCAGUGGUCUUGUAUGUCUUCCAUUUCCUAAUACUUGCUCCCACAGUUGAUUUCUUCAAACCAAGCUGCUUACCUAUUGCAGAUUCAGUCUUCCCAGCCUGGUGCAGGUCUACAAUUUUGUUUCUGGUGUCCUUUGACAGCUCUUUGGUCUUGGCCAUAGUGGAGUUUGGAGUGUGACUGUUUGAGGUUGUGGACAGGUGUCUUUUAUACUGAUAACAAGUUCAAACAGGUGCCAUUAAUACAGGUAACGAGUGGAGGACAGAGGAGCCUCUUAAAGAAGAAGUUACAGGUCUGUGAGAGCCAGAAAUCUUGCUUGUUUGUAGGUGACCAAAUACUUAUUUUCCACCAUAAUUUGCAAAUAAAUUCAUUAAAAAUCCUACAAUGUGAUUUUCUGGAAAAAAAAAUCUCAAUUUGUCUGUCAUAGUUGACGUGUACCUAUUAUGAAAAUUACAGGCCUCUCUCAUCUUUUUAAGUGGGAGAACUUGCACAAUUGGUGGCUGACUAAAUACGUUUUUUCCCCACUGUAUAUAUGUGUAUAUAUACAGUUGAAGUCAGAAGUUUACAUACACCUUAGCCACAUACAUUUAAUUUCAGUUUUGAAAUUGACAUUUAAUCCUAGUAAAACUUCCCUGUUUUAGGUCAGUUAGGAUCACCACUUUAUUUGAAGAAUGUGAAAUGUCAGAAUAAUAGUAGAGAGAAUUAUUUAUUUCAGCUUUUAUUUAUUUCAUCACAUUCCCAGUGGGUCAGAAGUUUACAUACACUCAAUUAGUAUUUGGUAGCAUUGCCUUUAAAUUGUUUAACUUGGGUCAAACAUUUCGGGUAGCCUUCCACUAGCUUCCCACAAUAAGUUGGGUGAAUUUUGGCCCAUUCCUCCUGACAGAGCUGGUGUAACUGAGUCAGGUUUGUAGGCCUCCUUGCUCGCACAUGCUUUUUCAGUUCUUUCCUCAGAUUUUCUAUAGGAUUGAGGUCAGGUCUUUGUGAUGGCCACUCCAAUACCUUGACUUUGCCACAACUUUGGAAGUAUGCUUGGGGUCAUUGUCCAUUUGGAAGACCGAUUUGCGACCAUGCUUUAACUUCCUGACUGAUGUCUUGAGAUGUUGCUUCAAUAUAUCCACAUAAUUUUCCUUCCUCAUGAUCCCAUCUAUUUUGUGAAGUGCACCAAUCCCUCCUGCAGCAAAGCACCCCCACAGCAUGAUGCUGCCACCCCCGUGCUUCACGGUUGGGAUGGUGUUCUUCGGCUUGCAAGGCACCCCCUUUUUCCUCCAAACAUAACGAUGGUCAUUAUGGCCAAACAGUUCUAUUUUUGUUUCAUCAGACCAGAGGACAUUUCUCCAAAAAGUACGAUCUUUGUCCCCAUGUGCAGUUGCAAACCGUAGUCUGGCUUUUUAUGGCAGUUUUGGAGCAGUGGCUUCUUCCUUGCUGAGCGGCCUUUCAGGUUAUGUCGAUUGUAAGACUCGUUUUACUGUGGAUAUAGAUACUUUUGUACCUGUUUCCUCCAGCAUCUUCACAAGGUCCUUUGAUGUUCUUGGAUUGAUUUGCACUUUUCGCACCAAAGUACGUUCAUCUCUAGGAGACAGAACGCGUCACCUUCCUGAGCGGUAUGACUGCUGCGUGGUCCCAUGGUGUUUAUACUUGCGCACUAUUGUUUGUACAGAUGAACGUGGUACCUUCGGGUGUUUGGAAAUUGCUCCCAAGGAUGAACCAGACGUGUGGAGGUCUACAAUCUUUUUUCUGAGGUUUUGGCUGAUUUCUUUUGGUUUUCUCAUGAUGUCAAGCAAAGAUACACUUUGUUUGAAGGUAGGCCUUGAAAUACAUCCACAGGUACACCUCCAAUUGACUCAUAUUAUGUCAAUUAGCCUAUCAGAAGCUUCUAAAGCCAUUACAUAAUUUUCUGGAAUUUUCCAAGCUGUUUAAAGGCACAGUCAACUUAGUGUAUGUAAACUUCUGACCCACUAGAAUUGUGAUACAGUGAAUUAUAAGUGAAAUAAUCUAUCUGUAAACAUUUGCUGAAAUAAUUACUUGUGUCAUGCACAAAGUAGAUGUCCUAACCGACUUGCCAAAACUAUAGUUUAACGAGAAAUUUGUGGAGUGGUUGAAAAACUAGGUUUAAUGACUCGAACCUAAGUGUUUGUAAACUUCCAACUUCAACUGUAUGUGUAUAUAUAUGUGUGUGUGUAUGUAUUUAUAUAUAUGUGUAUGUGUGUGUGUGUGUGUAUACAGUGGGGAGAACAAGUAUUUGAUACACUGCCGAUUUUGCAUGUUUUCCUACUUACAAAGCAUGUAGAGGUCUGUAAUUUUUAUCAUAGGUACACUUCAACUGUGAAAAUCCAGAAAAAAAAGAAGGAAAGAAAUCCAGAAAAUUACAUUGAAGUUUGCCAAUGACCAUCUGGAUGAUCCAGAGGAGGAAUGGGAGAAGGUCAUGUGGUCUGAUGAGACAAAAAUUGAGCUUUUUGGUCUAAACUCCACUCGCCGUGUUUGGAGGAAGAAGAAGGAUGAGUACAACCCCAAGAACACCAUUCCAACCGUGAAGCAUGGAGGUGGAAACAUCAUUCUUUGGGGAUGCUUUUCUGCAAAGGGGACAGGACGACUGCACCGUAUUGAGGGGAGGAUGGAUGGGGCCAUGUAUCGCGAGAUCUUGGCCAACAACCUCCUUCCCUCAGUAAGAGCAUUGAAGAUGGAUCGUGGCUGGGUCUUCCAGCAUGACAACAACCCGAAACACACAGCCAGGGCAACUAAGGAGUGGCUCCGUAAGAAGCAUCUCAAGGUCCUGGAGUGGCCUAGCCAGUCUCCAGACCUGAACCCAAUAGAAAAUCUUUGGAGGGAGCUGAAAGUCCGUAUUGCCCAGCGACAGCCCCGAAACCUGAAGGAUCUGGAGAAGGUCGGUAUGGAGGAGUGGGCCAAAAUCCCUGCUGCAGUGUGUGCAAACCUGGUCAAGACCUACAGGAAACGUAUGAUCUCUGUAAUUGCAAACAAAGGUUUCUGUACCAAAUAUAAAGUUCUGCUUUUCUGAUGUAUCAAAUACUUAUGUCAUCCAAUAAAAUGCAAAUUAAUUACUUAAAAAUCAUACAAUGUGAUUUUCUGGAUUUUUUAGAUUCCGUCUCUCACAGUUGAAGUGUACCUAUGAUAAAAAUUACAGACCUCUACAUGCUUUGUAAGUAGGAAAACCUGCAAAAUCGGCAGUGUAUCAAAUACUUGUUCUCCCCACUGUAUGUAUGUAUGUAUGUGUGUGUGUGUAUAUAUAUAUAUAUAAUAUAUAUAUGUGUGUGUGUGUUAGUGGCUUACAAAAAUAAGUCAUGAUUUAUAUGUGUAAUGUUUUUCCAGGUGAACCAUAACUUCCCGGAGAAGAUUGUGGUAUACCGGGACGGUGUGUCUGACGGCCAGCUGAAGACGGUGGAGCUGUAUGAGAUCCCUCAGCUGCUGAAGUGUUUCGAGACGUUCCCUAACUAUGAGCCCAAGCUGGUGUUCAUCGUGGUACAGAAACGCUCCAGCACCAACCUGUACUCCUGCUCCGGAGGCCGCUUUGGAACACCUCCGCCAGGAACUGUCCUGGACCACACAGUCACCAACAGGGAAUGGUGAAUCCUGGCUCUGUCUUUAAGGGAUACUUCAGGAUUGUGGCAAUGAGGCCCUUUAUCUACUUCCCCAAAGUCAGAUGAACUCGUCGAUACCAUUUUUAUGUUGGAGGUAGUUUCGUGAGCCAAUGCUAACUAGCAUUAGCGCAAUGACUAGCAGAUACCCAUAGACAUCCAGUCAUGACCUCCAGUCAUUUAUCAAAUGAUUUUUUUUUCUCUCCCCAGGGUUGACUUCUACCUGAUGGCGCAUCACAUUCGACAGGGCUGUGGCCUGCCUACACACUACAUCUCAGUCUACAACACAGCAAACCUCUCCCCAGACCACUUGCAAAGGUAAGGUUAAACGUACAGUGAAUUAUGCCACCAUAAAUCUCUAGUUGGCAGUAAGGGCCAAAUAGUAUCUGCUAGUUUACAUAAUACCUCAGGUAUUUUUGACUUUAUACAUUGGUGGGUGGAGUGGAUGCGUCACAUGAAAGCCUGUCAUUCUUGCAGCAUUAACAUAUAACCUUGUUACCACAAUCUAAUCCUGGGUCUCACUCCAGGCUGACCUUCAAAAUGUGCCACAUGUACUGGAAUUGGCCCGGGACUAUCCGAGUGCCAGCGCCGUGCAAGUAUGCCCACAAACUGGCCUUCCUGUCGGGCCAGUACCUCCACUCAGAGCCGGCUAUCCAGCUGGCAGACAAGCUCUACUUCCUCUGA